AUGCCUACUCUUUCUGUUUCCAAGGAUUUCUUCUUUCGCCUUCUUGGGAAGACUUACACGGAUGCCCAGUUCGAAGAUAUCUGCUUUCAGUUCGGCGUCGAGCUGGACGACAUCACUAGCGAAGAAAAAAUGUAUCUGCGUGAGCACGGCAAAUCUUUGAGUGCCGCGGGCGGCGAGGUGGAAUUUUCCGAAGAGGUAAUUUACAAAAUUGACACCCCGGCCAAUCGAUACGAUUUGCUCAGCGCGGAAGGGAUGUGUACCGCUCUUAAGGUAUUUCUUGGGUUCAUGCCGAUGCCCCGUUACCAAGUCCUUCAUCGCGGCAACCCACUCUACCACAUGACCGUCGAAAAGAGUGUUAAACACGUCCGCGAUUAUGUCGUCUGCGCCGUAUUGAAGAAUAUCCAUUUCGAUGAGAAACGUUAUAACAGCUUUAUCGACUUUCAGGAUAAAUUACACCAAGGCUUGGCGCGACGGCGCACGCUGGCUUCGGUGGGUACGCAUGAUUUGGAUAAAAUCAUGACGAACCGUUUCCUUUAUACGGCACGUAUGAGGAAGGAUAUUCGUUUCAUACCGCUUCGCCAAACCAAGGAACUGGAUUGCGCAGGGGAGGGGUUAAAAAAUUUUUAUGCGCAGGAUCGCCACAUUAGCAAGUACAUUCCCCUCGUUUCGGAAAUGCCUAGAUACACAGUUAUUAUGGAUGGUGAGGGCAAACGCGUGUUAUCGCUGCCGCCGAUAAUUAACUCUGACUAUUCGCACAUGACGGUGGAUACGAAAAACAUUUUUAUCGAUUGCACCGCGCCAGAUCACUACAAAGCUCAGGUGCUGGUAAACCAAAUUGUCUGUGCGUUUUCUAUGUAUUGUGAGCAGCCCUUCACCAUCGAGGCAGUUGCGGUGGAUUACGAGGAGGAGGCCCCCGACGGAACAAAGCAUGAGGUCUGCCCGGUGCUCGAAACGACCAAGCUCACAGUUGAUCUUGAUAAGCUGAAUCAGAUUGUUGGUAUUGACAUGAAAUCUUCCGACGAGUGUGCGGGGUACCUUCAAAGGAUGUUGUAUGACGUCAAAAAGGUGGAUGAAAAGACGGUUGAGGUGGAGACCUCGCCUGUUCGCACCGACGUGUUGGGCGUUUCCGAUGUGGUGGAGGAUGUCGCCAUUGCCUACGGCUACGACAAGAUCACUUAUCAAGAGUGCAACACGCACGGGGAUGUUUCGCAGACCCCUGUUAGCAAGUUUGGGCAUCUCCUUCGCAUUGAAAUGGCGAACGCGGGGUAUAUGGAGCUACUUACCUUUUCCUUGUGCUCUCGAGAUGAAUCGUUUGCUUAUUUAAACCGUAAAGACGAGGAUAUCGCUGUGCAUAUCGCCAACCCGCAGACGAUUGAGUUUCAGAUCUGUCGGCCUUCACUCAUGCCUGGUCUUCUUAAGACGCUCAGCGCGAACAAAUCGCAGCCGCUCCCACAGCGUUAUUUUGAGUGCGCGGAUGUGGUGUUGAUUGACAAUUGUAAAAACUUUCCUCCCGUUUUGGAAACGGGAGAUUCAUACUCCAGCCCAGGAGCGCGUAACCAACGUCAUCUUGCUGCCAUCCACUGUGCGAGCAGCGGGAGCAGCUUUGAAAACAUCCAUUCCAUCACCGAGCAUGUUUUUGUUAAGCUUGGGAUUCCCAAGAAGGGGUGCAACCCUGAAGGCUAUACCGGGGAUCUUUACAGCCUCGAGAAGGGCACGGACGGGGCUUUUUUCCCCGGCCGCUGCAUGGAUAUCUUUCUCCAUCGCUGCGGUGAAAAGGUUAAGAUUGGUGGCCUAGGCGUGGUUCACCCCAACUCCUUGAAGGCGUAUGAUAUAAGCGUCCCGUGCUCGUAUGUCGAGAUCAACAUCCAGUUCCUCUGCACGAAUUUGUGA